AGCUUCUCACAAAAUCAAGGACCAGGGAACUUGCACAACCAAAAUGGCGUUCAGGAAUGUCGCGAUCAGAGUCUUCUUCCUCUUGUUGGUGGUGAGCGCGGCGUUCGCCAAAGACAAGGAGGAGAAGAAGGAAGAUAAGAAGGAAGAUAAGAAGGAUGAGAAGACGGAGGGCGCAGCGUCCGAGGCUGACGGGACCUACGACAUCACCAAGCUCGGCGCCAAAGACGAUGGCAAGACAGACUGCACCAAGGAGGUGGAGGAGGCAUGGGCUUCGGCAUGCGGUGGCACCGGGAAACAGACGAUCGUCAUCCCAAAGGGGGAUUUCCUGACUGGACCUCUGAAUUUCACCGGACCAUGUAAGGGGGACAGCGUGACCAUCAAGCUAGAGGGCAACCUUCUGGCCUCCAACGACCUGGCCAAGUACAAGUCUAACUGGAUCGAGAUCAUGCGCGUCAAGAACCUCGCCAUCACUGGCAAAGGCACGCUCGACGGCCAGGGCAAGGCCGUCUGGACCAAGAACAGCUGCGCCAAGAGCUACGACUGCAAGAUCCUGCCCAACUCAUUGGUGCUGGACUUCUGCGACGACGCGCUCAUCGAAGGCAUCACCAUCCUCAACUCCAAGUUCUUCCACCUCAACAUCUACGAGUGCAAGGGCGUGACUGUCAAGGACGUGAUCGUCAGCGCGCCUGGGGACAGCCCCAACACCGACGGCAUCCACAUGGGCGACUCCUCCAAGGUCACAAUCAUGGACACCAAGAUCGGCGUCGGCGACGACUGCAUCUCCAUCGGCCCCGGCAGCAAGGAGGUCAACAUCAGCGGCGUCACCUGCGGUCCAGGCCACGGCAUCAGCGUGGGCAGCCUCGGACGGUACAAGGACGAGAAGGACGUGACAGACGUCACCGUCAAGAACUGCGUGCUCAAGGGCUCCACCAACGGCCUCCGGAUCAAGUCGUACGAAGACGCCAAGUCGCCGGUCGUAGCGUCCAACUUCCACUACGAGAACGUUCAGAUGGACGACGUCGGCUACCCCAUCAUCAUCGACCAGAAGUACUGCCCCAACAAGAUCUGCACCUCCAAGGGAGACUCCGCCAGGGUCACCGUCAAGGACGUCACAUUCACCAACAUCACCGGCACCUCCUCCACCCCCGAGGCCGUCAGCCUGCUUUGCUCCGACAAGAAACCGUGUGAAGGUGUCACCAUGAACGACGUCAAGAUUGAGUACACCGGCAAGAACAACAAGACCAUGGCUGUUUGCACCAACGCCAAGGUCACCGCUAAGGGUGUCGACAAGGCUAACAGCUGUGACGCGUGAGCCAUUCUUUCACACCUUCGACGCCCCCAUCGUCUCUUACCUCCCACAGCAGACAUUUUUGAAGAGAUAAUUAACAAGACUACACGUGCCACCUGAAGAUCGUUGCCUCGAGGCACUCUUAUGUACGGCAUGAUUUCUUUCUUCGCUGUAUUUGUAAUCUACCAGGUUUUUUAAUUUCCUUUUUUUUUUUGUUACCAUCCCGGUCGUUUCUCUGUCAAGAGAAGAUACAGACCGCUCCAGGAGAUCAUCUACUAGUUUAAUCUCUUCAUGGGUUUAUUAUCAUUGUCCUUUUGUUAAGAAUUCAUGUAUGUGCCGGCUCAGAGCCAGCCAAAGGCAAGGUGCUUGACUGUCGAUCUAAUUUUGACGGUUUGAUUUAUUUUUAUUCUUGUGCUGGCAAAAUAAAAUAAAAAUAGAUUGAUGGAUUGACUUA